CUCUUAGGCAUGAACGUCUUGCCGUUUUGCCUUACCCUCCGAGGUGUGCUCCCCUCCGCCUCUCAGAGAUCCUCGACGCUCUCCUCAUGGUCGCAUCGCGAUCGACUAACCCAAGCCAAGGUUCCCCAACAUAGUUUUUUGUAUUAUGGAAGAGGAGGCUACAAAACUCCCAUUGCCAGACGCUUUCCUUGAGUUUCUGGAGGCGAAUGGGCUUGACCCUUCAAUUUAUAUGUCUAUUGAUUCUCCUCCGCGAUACAUCCGUUUGAAACCUAAUUGUGAAGCAUAUCUUGAAGAGGUUGAAGCAGAUAUUAAUUGUAAGCUCCAGAGAGUAGACUGGUUGCCACGGUUUUAUUCUGUUCCUUCGAAUAUACAGAUUGCUAGCUCAAAGGCAUACCAAGAAGGCAAGAUAUAUGGAAUCGAUGCAUCUUCCGGAGCUGCUGUUAUGGCUUUGAAUGUAUCAGCCGGAGACCACGUUCUUGAUCUCUGUGCCGCUCCUGGUGCCAAACUUUGUAUGAUAUCAGACCUUCUUGGUGAUGCAGGAUCUGUAACUGGAGUUGAUGUUGCAAGACACCGUUUAGCAGCAUGUAGAACAAUGCUGCAGAAGUAUAAGCUGGGUGAUCGAUGCCGACUUUUUGUUGCUGAUGGAGCAACAUUUUCACUUAUUCCUGCAAGAUUCUGUUCAGAUAAUACACAUUAUCAAACAGGUGAAUCUGUAUUGGCAGAAAAAGCUGAUGUAUUCAAGGAGUGGACAUCUAGAAGAACAUGGAAGGAGAGGAAGAGGGCAAGAAAAAGUGGAAAUCCGCAACUGGUAUUGGGGUCUCAACCUCCUGACCUCAUUUAUUAUGGGCGGAAUUCUGGAGUUGUUGGCCUUACAAAAGGAGAACUAUAUAAGAAUGUGUCUGACACAGAGAUUAUGAGCCAUGGCUAUGACAAGGUUCUUGUGGAUGCAGAGUGCACCCAUGAUGGUUCAAUCAAACAUAUCCAGAAGUUUGAACUUUGGGGCUGGAAAACUCUCCAACGCCGGGUGCUAGAUGCAGAUAGGAUUGAUAACUUGUUUGCUCUUCAGUUGAGUCUCCUAACCAAUGGUUUCAGACUCCUAAAAGUUGGAGGAUCACUUGUCUACAGCACUUGCAGUAGCUUCUUGUUGAUUAGCUUAACCAUUGCUCAGAAUGAAGAUGUGGUAGAACAAUUUCUGAAGGAAAAUGUAUCGGCUGGACUGAGGUUGCAAAUAGAUCAAACUAAAGGGACUGGAAACAACAAAAUAAAACUAAAGAGAUUAGAAACAAAACGCAAUAAAAAAUUGCAGGAGAUAGAAGCUGCCCGAAAUUGGCCUUGCAAGAGUGGUUGGAUUGCAAAAAACAUACCGUUUUGAUCCAUCAGCAUCUCAGACUAGUGGACUAUUUGUGGCAAAAUUCACAAAAUUGGCCCCUUAAUUCUCUUCUCCCUCAAAGGAGAUUGUGUUUUAGUUGCUAGAUAAUAGUAGCAUAUAGCCUGAGCAGAAACAGAGACAGAAGAUGCAUACAAAUUUGUUAUCUGUUUCUUUGUUAUUCUUAUUGUUAGUGCAUUGCCAAUAGGCAGAACUGUCAUUAUAGUGAUUAGAUUUUGAAGGUUGCGAGUGUUUAUGGUUAACGGAACAGCUGAUAAGCAAAGAAAUUUGACUUGCACGCUCA